CCCGCCAAUAAACCAAGAAGAAGAAGAAGAAGAAGAAGAAGAAGAAGAAAAAAAGAGCGAAUUUUAAACGGAUGCUAGCUCAAAGCCUGGGAUAAUAAAAGGUUUAACUUAGCAGAAAUUGAGAGGAUCCGCUCUGUCCGGACUACAUCAGGAUGACUUCCUCCUCCCUGCUCUCUCCUCCGCCCUCUCCCCCACCUGCCCCCCUCCCUCUCUCUUCCUCCUAUCUGACUCGCUGUCCUGAACUCGACCUGUCGAUCACACUCAGCCCCGCCCCCAGACCCGCCCACACAAUCCUGGAGCCCCGCCCACAGAAGAGCAGUCAGCAGAGUGAGUCCCGCCCCCAAGCGCAGACGGGAAGAAAGGGGAACAGGCAGGUGGGUUUUGAAGAGCUGGUGGUCGUCACGGCAACAUCGGCACAGAGCACAGCCACCCCACCUCAGCAGCCAAUCAUAGGUCAGAGAAGGAGCCGAGCAUGUCUCCAUGCCCCCAGACAGUGGGUGGAGCCUCCUGCUGCAGUAUCCAAUCCCGGCCCAGGAUGCCUGGAGAGGGCGGAGCUAAACACCACUUUGGCUCUGAAGGCGGAGCUUCAGUCACUGCAGGGGGCAGAGUUUAACUCCCAGAAGGCCGUUCAGGAGACGCUACGCAUGUCCGAGAGGACCAAAAACCUGAUCAACAGCAGAGCUACUGAAGAAGUGAAUGUCUCUCGCUCUCAGGUUCUCUUCACCUCAUUGGUCAGUGUGGACGUGCAGGAGGAUCAGCUGAUCAGCCAGCUGCUGCAGCCUCGGCUGCCACCCCCCUCCCCCCCCUGCCAUAGCAACCAGGCAGCAGAUGGCCCCUCCCUUCUCCUCUUCAUGACCUCUGACCUCCUCAGACAGAAGUCCCUCCCACUGGAGGAGGAGCCUGUCAACUACAAGCCCCACCCCUCACCACGCCCUGCCCACUCAACCUUUGACCUCUACAAAAGAGGGAGGGGUUUAGAGACCACGCCCUGACAUACUCCCAGGAGAGUUCUCAUUGGCAUGUCCUUGAAUAAUAGCAAUGUAUUUUAUAAAUUAUAAUGACCUGAGAUGUGUUUAUUUCCUGUAAAAAGCUACAUUUAGUCUUUUCCAAUAAAGUCUUUUCAACUUCUCUGUG